AGACGACAAGGUCCACAAAGACUUUUCCACCUGUCCCUAUCCACGACCCCCGACAUUCCAUGGGCGACUCCGGCGGACCCCACCACCACCGCCCUUCGCCGCCGCUGCUGUCGGACGCCGGCAAGCGACGGCGCCUCCCCAACGUCCGCCUCGCCGGCUCCGUCCCGCUCCCUUCCCACCUGCCCCACCCGCGCCGCGUCCCCAUCGUCCCCGCCACCAGGUCCCGCAAACCCCUCCACCGUCAGCACAACAGCAACCACCAUGACCACCCCUCCGCGGAGCCACUCCAAACCCUCCUAAAACCCUUCGCCGACAGCGGAGACGACGUCGUCCUGGCCGCCGCUUUCCCCCGCAAGGCCAGGGCCUCGAAGUCCAUGGUAGCGGAGGAGGCAAACGGAGGGGCGAAAGAGGCAAACGGGGAGGAGGCAAACGGAGGGGCGGAGGAUUCGGAGACGGAGACGGAGAUGGAGGAGCAGGAGGAAGCGGGGGAGGAAGUGGUGGACGUGCCGAGAUGGCUGUGCGGGAUGGGGAUGGGGCGCUACGCGGCGGCGUUCGAGGCGCACGAGGUGGAUGCUGAGGUGCUCCCCUGGCUCACUAUGGACGACCUCCGGGACAUGGGUAUUGGCGCCGUCGGAGCACGCCGCAAGCUCUUCUGCGCCAUCCAGAGGCUCACUUCGCAGCCGCUGCCACGGAGGUGAAACGUUCUGUGUGACCUUCGGUGCUGUGGGCAUGAUAGCUAGUCCGGAGCCGCCUCUUUGCUAGGGGACUAGACGCAUGGGUCUUACACUCUUACGAGUAGGUGUCCAAAGUGUAAAAAUGACAAGGUUUGGUCUUUUGCUUAGCUGUGAAACUGUAGCGUGGUCGGUUCUUGGCCCCGUUGCAUAGUGUAGAUGUGGAGAAGGCGAAAUAGGAAUGCUAGCUCCCCUGCUUUUGAUGUUGUCUAAUGCUUUCGUGCAAGUGCUAGGAUGCUGGGUCGUAUGAUGUAAAUGUGAAAAAUAUGGAAUAGUAAUGCUGAGUUGUUGAC